AUGCGCGCCUAUCAAUCCCAGUUCUACUCAUUCCUCCACUCAGAAUCGGCCGCCAACGAGUACAAGUACAUUGCGCCAUUGGUGUCGUUCAAGGUCCGCAUCAACCUCGGUAUGCCCGUCAUCAUCCUCGUCGUCUUCGUCCUUACGCGAUCUCCGCCCGAGACGAAUCCGAUUCCAAACAUCUACUCCUACACGGAUAACAGGCCGCCUCGCCCCAUCACGGACCUCUUCCAUUCUAAACCGUCUACGGAAGCCGCCUGGCUCGACGAGCUUGCCGACAAGCACGUCAUCUCCAAGGAUGUUCGGUACUACUCGGUGCGCAUAAAACCGCACCUCAACUCCUCGCGUCCGACCAUGUCCGACAUCGAGAGCAACUUUAUGCACAAUGGCUUUAGGGGGCAGGCCAGCAUCGAUGCGUCCCAGAUAUUGUUUGGCAUCUCAUCCUCGUACGAUAGAAUCACCCGCCAGGAUGGUGCCUUCAUCCUCGACUGGACCAGGUGGCUCACCGACGGGAAUGGCAGCAGCAAUGGUGCCUCGCUCAUCCUUACCUUGCGUCUCGGCACCGAGCACGAAGUUCGCACCAUUAAAAGAAGCUUCAGGAUCCCCACGAGGUACUUUGACCUGCUCGAGCAGCUUGAGCUCGGAAAAUCUGGAUCUGGCUUUCACAACUCGGGAGAGAAGCAGUACCUCGCUCUUGUUGAUGACGAUGUCUUCUUCCCGGAUAUGACGCAUCUGGUGGAGCGCCUGAAGAAAUACAACCCUGAAGAGGAGUAUUAUAUUGGUGCCCCAAGCGAGAGGGCCGACUGGGUCGCUGACCCUGAUCAGACGGUGACGUUUGGGGGUGAUCUACGGUCACUACUUUUCAACUACGAUCUCGGCAUCGCCCCUCUCGCUCUUCACCAAUCGCGCAACCGACACCUCCUCGAUCCCGGCAAGGCCACCGCCCUUCACCCCCACCUCAACCCGGCCACGUUUUUACAGCGCUACCGCUUCGCCGAUGACUGGGUCCUCGUCAACGGUCACACCCUGUCCCACUAUCCCGACGGCCAAGGAACUGCCUUCCUUGGUAGUGACGCUGUAUUCUCGCCCGAUUUUGAAGCCCGUGCGGCCGCCACCCUUCCGCUUAAUUCGAACCUCGCCGUCGAUGAUGAAGGCCGCGAUCCUCACAAUUGGAGCGUCACGACGUGGUCAGGUAGUCGCCGUAUCUGGAAGUUUAUUGACUCGAGAAGCGACGCUUCAAAUGGUGAGGUAUGGCAGGCCUACGUGCGCAGGCGCGGUGAGCCUGGUGAAUAUACCGACAACCGCAGGAACGAGGACAAGGCCGGCACCGACUAUGUCGUCGUCCUCAUUUGGGAGUCCCUCCCAGGCGGCUCCGAUGAGAAUUAA